UCUAAAGGCAAAGUCAAGGAAACGGGUGUGAAUGGGAUAGGUCAAAGAAAUCAAGAAAGGUACCUUUAUUCCCAAACGGAAACUAUGAACCUCUCCUAUUUGACCUGUAGGGGGAGCCUGAGUAUUUAGGGAACAUUUAGAAGAUUAGACACGUGUUAGCAGGGACUCCCAGUCUUACUUAGGGGUAGAGAGAAGGGAGGGCUAGAAUUAGGGCAGUGGAUCUACAUUCCAGACCUCUCUUGAGAAACAGGAGACUUAAAAAGCUUUUAUAGAGUCUAUAAAUAAAGAGGAUUUGUAUGGGGUAAGGAGUGCUAUGGUUUGAUAUUAGUCGGAGUGCAGUGGGGUGGAGAAUGGGGAAAGAAAGGUCACCGUUCCUGUGAAAUUAACCCCUUCCCACCUUGAGCAUCCCACAGUUUGUCCUAGGAUCUAGAAGUAGAAAGUUCAGGUCAGAGCUUCUUCCCCGAAAUGAGGGUGUUUGUGUGUGGAACAGACUGGGAGAUGAACAGGUUUAAGGAUGACCCUGUAACUAGUGACACCAGUCUUUUUACCAAGGGUUUCUACAAUUCAUGGAGACUUGCUGAGUUCACAUUGAAGAGGGAUUAAGGGAAGUUCUGUUUCUGGUGUCCCUUCAUCCACGAGUUCUCAGAGCAAAAUAGCCCAGUGUUCACACACCAACACCUGCUUUAGUUUCUCUCCCACGACUUAGAAGAGAGAAGUCACCAAGAGUGGCGAGAGAAGAAACAAGACCCUGAGCUGGGGGGAACCAGGAUGCCUGACCGGGACAGCUAUGCCAACGGCACUGGGAGCAGCGGUGCAGGCCCUGGAGGUGGUAGCAGUGAGGAGGCCAGUGGAGCAGGGACAGGCAGUGGGGGGGCCACCUCAGAUGCCAUCUGUAGAGACUUCCUGAGGAAUGUCUGCAAGCGAGGCAAGCGUUGUCGAUACCGCCACCCAGACAUGAGUGAGGUAUCCAAUUUGGGGGUAAGCAAAAACGAAUUUAUCUUCUGCCAUGACUUCCAAAACAAGGAGUGUAGCCGUCCCAACUGCCGCUUCAUCCAUGGCUCCAAGGAGGAUGAGGAUGGCUAUAAGAAAACAGGAGAGCUGCCUCCUCGGCUGAGGCAGAAAGUGGCAGCUGGGCUGGGUCUCUCACCUGCUGACCUACCCAAUGGUAAGGAGGAGGUCCCUAUCUGCCGUGACUUCCUCAAAGGUGACUGUCAGAGAGGAACCAAGUGCAAGUUUCGUCACCUGCAAAGAGAUUUUGAGUUUGAGGCUCGAGGUGGAGGAGGCACUGGAGGUGGAGGCUCGACAGGCUCUGCUCCCCCAGGACGACGGCAUGAUCUCUAUGACAUCUAUGACCUUCCGGAAAGGGGCUUUGAGGACCAUGAACCGGGCCCUAAGCGCCGGAGAGGUGGCUGCUGCCCUCCUGAUGGCCCCCAUUUUGAGUCCUAUGAAUGUAACUUGGCUCCGCUCCGUGGAGUGGAGUGCAGACUGCUCGAGGAGGAGAAUGCUCUGCUCAGGAAACGUGUGGAAGAACUGAAGAAGCAGGUCAGCAACCUGCUGGCCACCAAUGAGGUACUUCUGGAGCAGAACGCCCAAUUCCGAAAUCAGGCCAAGGUCAUGACCCUGAGCUCCACUGCACCCGCGACUGAGCAGACCCUGGCCCCCACCGUGGGCACUGUGGCCACUUUUAACCACGGCAUUGCCCAGACUCACACUACUCUGAGCAGCCAGGCUCUACAGCCUCGGCCUGUGUCCCAGCAAGAACUUGUGGCUCCUGCUGGAGCACCAGCUGCUCCCCCAACUAAUGCUGCACCUCCUGCUGCUCCACCACCCCCACCUCCACACCUGAACCCAGAGAUCACACCACUGUCCGCCGCUCUGGCUCAAACCAUUGCCCAGGGGAUGGCACCCCCGCCUGUGUCCAUGGCCCCUGUAGCUGUGUCUGUGGCCCCUGUGGCUCCUGUGGCUGUGUCCAUGGCUCAGCCCUUAGCAGGGAUCACAAUGAGCCACACUACUACUCCUAUGGUGACGUACCCCAUUGCCUCCCAGAGCAUGCGCAUCACAGCCAUGCCACACUGACAGGCCAAACGGACACUCCCUCCCUGUCAUAGCACCUGAGGGCUGCGGUCAGGGGCCCUUCCCCACCCGCAGAGCCCAGCCCUCCCAGGCUCUGUCCAGAGGACCACUCAGAAACUAGGACAAGAGACUACAAGGAAUAUACUCGGUAGGAGCGUCUCCUGAGGCAGGGUUGUGCUGCUGUGUUCUCCCCACUCUUGAGAGGGUCGUCUCCUUCAGGCCUCAACUCAGACAGGCUUGCACAGGCGUUGAGACUGAAGCCAGCAGAAAGGGCUAAGGGACUGUGUUUUCUCACAGGAAUUUGGGGGGGUGUCCCUGGUCUUAUUUUCAUUGUGAACAGCACAGAUUCCAGCACUGAUAUGGGAGAGAAAGAUUCCUCACCCAGAGAGAGCCAGGAAAGAUGGAGAAGUGAAAGUCAGUGGUCAGGAGCAAAGACCGCACGUGAGCCUUCAGAUGGUUUGGGGCCCAAAAAUACUCCUGGGCCCCUGGGGAGGCCGGGACCAUAGUACUCCAACCCAGAGUAGGAGAACACUCACUUACCUCGCUUGGCCUGGAAAUCUGUAGGGCAGUGCCCACUACUUUCCAAAGAAAUAAAAGAACGUUAUUUUUUAACAAAA